UAGGUCCCAGAGCCCCCGCACCCACUAUUAACUACCGAACCACGAAGUUUAAAGCAAGGGAGUGGCUGUUUACUGACGUGUAGUGAAACCCUUUACGCGGACAUCUGCGUAUUUUGGAACUUUAAAAGCCUCUCCAGUUAGUAGGCUUCUAGUGAGAUGACAGCUAGGAUUUAUAGUGAGAUCUGAUAUGGGUAGCCUAUAUAGAGAGGCUGUUACCGCGACGACUAUGGAGGAUCCGACUCGGAUUGUGACAGAUCAUCCUACUAAAUCGGAUACAGACCCGAGCAUUUCACCCGAUGUGCCUUUGGUGAAGAACAUGGACUAUCAGCACAAGUGAGUUAUUAUUUGAUAUAGCAUAAUAUUUAUUACACCCAUACAUGUAUGACGUGUAACGCAGUAUUGGGCCCAAUCCUACACCAGUGCUUACAAAACUGGCAAUACUGUAGUAUAAAUGAGACACAACCUGUACAGUUGUGCAUAAGGUCAUAGGGCAUGUACUGUGACAUAUACACUAUACACUAAUUGGCUCAGCUUAUUUUUUUCAUUUUAAAACUACCUGGAACUUGGAGAAAAUGUGCCUUCUAUUUUUUUACAUGUGCAGAUUCUGACAAUGUACAGAGAGAUCUGGCAGACAGACUCACAUUACCUGUUCUGAUUGGUGGACGGGAGUGGAGAUUAGGAAUGGUAUGUCAGGUCAGGGAUGCCUUUUCUUUCACACCUCGAUUGUAAGAGUCACCCAUUUCUGUUCUUCCUCCACAUUAUAGGCUAGUUGUUUGGCUGAGGUCUAAAGGAGAAGAGCAUCUCAGGUCUUCAGAUGUUCUUGCCUUGAUACAAGUUCUCAGUCACUCAGGUGUAAAUCACACUUGGUGUAAAUCACACUUGGGGACACUUCGAUAUCCCCUUACACCAGUGUUAGGUAUAUUAUUUAACCAAUUACUGUCAGUGUCCACUAUUCAUGCUUCAAACCAGAUAUACUCCAUCAGUAGCCUUGUUCAUACCUCCCAGGCACCCACUGUCUCAGGGUGACUGUUGUCUCAGGGUGACUGUUGUUGUUCGCUCAAGUGAGGCUUCCUCAAGUGAAGCUUCCUCAAGUGAGGCUUCCUCAGCAACACACUUCCAGAACACGAGCUGUCAGGUGAAUUAUUAACAGCAACCCUAUAUUUUUGAACUGGCUGCUAUUGGCAGGAGCAGACAGACAGACAGGCAGGCAGAGGGGGUGAGGUGUAGGCCACUCUGACAGGAGGGAGAUGGGUUACUCUCUCAGGGUGUCACUGAUAGAGGCUCCAUAUCACCUGGUGACUGAACUGAUCACAGAGUCCUGAAUUGAUAUUUACAAAAGCAAUCUCUCUUUAACUAGUUUAAUGCUAUUUUGGGGAUACUAUAACAUUUGGUAGGGCAAUGUGGUUCUUCUGAAUACAGCAGUCUAUUUUCAGAAGUUCUCCAUUCUGUCUAUUCUUGUGGUUUCCAGUUCUUUGUUCCCUUCUUGAUUCAACAAAAUACUUUUUGCUAUAACAUAUGGAUUUUGUUAUUACAUAGGCUAUCCAUUAGUGAAAUAUAAACCUGUUAAUGAUGAUUAGGUGGAGUUCUGUGUGGUAGAGGCUAGAGAGAACUGACGUGUAAGCUGUGCGACCACAAUUUCUGCUGCAGCACCACCGACUGCAAAGUUUGAUCACUUGCAGAGUGUGCUCAAUGAGUUGAAUCAGGAUACAUGAAUCACGGUACGUGACUGUCAUUAAAAAAGAAGCAGUGCCAAGUCUCUGAAAUCUUUGCCAAUACUGUAGCCGCCUCCUAAAAAAGACUUCACCUUAAAUGACCUUCCUGUAGAUGGACGUGGCUGUCCAUGUUGGCAGGAUUGACAACAGAUGUUAAUGAACUGAUAAGAGUAGAACUGUAAUGAUGUGAUAUAGUGCAGUAGGAUAUAGAGCCAGAUAAUGCACUACCAGCUGAUUUGGCUGAAUGUGCAGCAUAAGAUAUUCUUUAAUGGUUGGUUUCCAAGACUAUAGUUAGUGAGGCAUAUCCCAAUGUGACCAGCCCCAUUGGGCUCAAGCUGAUUGAUUUCCAUGGGCUUGAAGCAAGUUGAGUCAAUUUGUCAAAAUGAGUUCUACUCUUGAAGGAUGCAGCAACUGGUCUUAGACGAUAGGUCAGAUUUAGAGACACAUUCAAGCCACACCAUAAAACACCCUUGUACAGCUGAUUUGGUAUCCUGACAAGCUUUGACAUUCCCAUCUGAUAUCUGCUUCUCCUCAACUGACCCCUGUUUGUCUCCCAGAUAAUCACUUCAGAAACUCCAAUUGUCCUGUUUUCCUUUGAUUACAGGGUGUUCGUCAAUAGGAGUGUAACAUUGGAGAACAUCAAAUGCUAUGGCUUUGACAUGGACUACACUCUGGCAGGUAAGUUCAUCUAUACUGAACAAAAAUAUAAACGCAACAUGUAAAGUGUUGGUCCCAUGUUUCAUGAGCUGAAAGAAAAGAUCCCUGAAAUGUUCCAUAUGCACAAAAAGCUUAUUUCUCUCAAAUGCACAAAUUUGUUUACAUUCCUGUUAGUGAGCAUUUCUCUUUUGCCAAGAUAAUCCAUCCACCUGACAGGUGUGGCAUAUCAAGAAGCUGAUUAAACAGCAUGAUCAUUACACAGGUGCACCUUGUGCUGGGGACAAUAAAAGGCCACUCUAAAAUGUGCGGUUUUGUCACACAACACAAUGCCACAGAUGUCUCAAGUUUUGAGGGAGCGUGCAAUUGGCAUGAUGACUGCAGGAAUGUCCACCAGAGCUGUUGCCAGAGAAUUAAAUGUUCAUUUCUCUACCAUAAGCCGCCUCCAACAUUGUUUUAGAGAACUGGGCAGUAUGUCCAACCGGUUUCACAACCGCAGACCAUGUGUAUGGCGUUGUGUGAGCGAGCGGUUUGCUGAUGUCAAAGUUGUGAACAGAGUGCCCAAUGUUGGCGGUUGGGUUAUGGUAUGGGCAGGCAUAAGCUACGGACAACGAACACAAUUGCAUUUUAUCGAUGGCAAUUUUUAUGAACACCACUCAUUGAGCACAUUUGGGAUGCUCUGGAUCGACGUGUACGACAGCAUGUUCCAGUUCCCGCCAAUAUCCAGAAACUUCGGACAGCCAUUGACGAGGAGUGGGACAACAGCCUGAUCAACUCUAUGCGAAGGAGAUUUAUCGCGCUGCAUGAGGCAAAUGGUGGUCACAACAGAUACUGACUGGUUUUCUCAUCCAUGCCCCUACUUGUUUUUUAGGUAUCUGUGACCAACAGAUACAUAUCUGUAUUCCCAGUCAUGUGAAAUCCAGAGAUUAGGGUCUCAUGAAUUUAAUUCAAUUGACUGAUUUCCUCAUAUGAACUAUAACUCAGUAAAAUCUUUGAAAUUAUUGCAUGUUGCGUUUAUAUUUUUGUUCAGUAUAGUAGCAAAGUAGACCUACUCCAACAAAGAGAAGAUGUGAUUGUACUGGUAAACGGCCAAAAAGGCUGACUUUUGGAGAAAAUCAGAAAAUCUAUGUCUCAUAGAUUUAAUGUGUGUAAUCAGGGGGGUAUACUACAAAGUAGGAUUAAUGAGUUAGCCAGCUAACUUUGAUAAACAACCAGAAAUAACUCGAUUUUCUGAUUCAUUAAGAAAGCUAAACUUAGAUUUGUGUUUUUCUUUAUUUAGUAAAUUAGACUAUGCCCAUUUCAAGCUUAUCCUUCUAAAAAAAAGUAAGUUAUUUCAAAAUAUUUAGGCACGUUAGCUUGAUCCUACACCUCAGAACUACACUACCGGUCAAAAGUUUUAGAACACCUACUCAUUCAAGGGUUUUUCUUUAUUUUUACCAUGUUCUACAUUGUAGAAUAAUAGUGAACACAUUAAAACUAUGAAAUAACACAUAUGGAAUCAUGUAGUAACCACAAAAGUUUUAAACAAAUCAAAAUAUAUUUUAUAUUUGAGAUUCUUCAAAUAGCCACCCUUUGCCUUGAUGACAGCUUUGCACACUCUUGGCAAAGGGUGGCUACUUUGAAGAAUCUAAAAUAAAACAUACAUUUUGAUUUGUUUAACACUUUUUUGGUUACUACAUGACUCAAUUUGUGUUAUUUCAUCGUUUUGAUGUCUUCACUAUUAUUCUACAAUGUAGAAAAUAGUCAAAAUAAAGAAAAACCCUGGAAUGAGUAGCUGUUCUAAAACGUUUGACCGGUAGUGUAUAUUGAACAGCAUAUGAGGAUACAAACAUUGUUACAUUUUCACUGAUGAAAACUGACUGUUCAUGUGUCCUGUGUGUGUAGAGUACAAGUCUCCUGACUACGAGGACCUGGGCUUUGAGCUGCUCAGAGACAGGCUGGUGUCUAUAGGCUAUCCCCAUGAGCUACUGCAUUACACCUACGAUCCUACCUUCCCCACUCGGUGAGUUCUCUCUUCCUGUUGAUCCCACAGACAUUUGCAUACUGUUGAUUUUUACAUGUUACGUUUGGUAGUACAUAACAUGACCCUUUACUCACAAAUAUGUUUUUCUGUUCUACAUGAAUUAGAACGCCUUAUCAUUGGGUUGAUGCCAAGCGUGGUUAGUUAGGAUGGGACUCUUUAUGGGAGUCUACCUUUGAAAUGACCCCUAACCAUUAUUUUUCAAGUCAUUUGUUGUUCUGUGCAGUCUAUUUUCUGUAUCCUUGCCCCAUGGGGACACUAUGCUGGAGAAACAUCUAACAUUUUAUCAUUUCAUCAGCAGAGAUAGUUUCCCCAAAGGCCUAGUAACAGUAGAACAACAAGAUCGGUCAAAAUAGAGCAGAAAUAAAAAGUAACCUACUGAUACUAUCAAGAGCAGCCACAAAUCUAAAAGAUAUCAUCAUCUAUCCCUCUCCCAUCAUUCCUCUCUCUGCUUAUCUCUGCAUAACCAUAUUCACCUCCUGCUCUCUCUUCCUCUUUUUCAUCGCAAUCUCUCCUCCCUCCUUCUUAGCGGCCUGGUGUUUGACACAAUGUAUGGUAACUUGCUGAAGGUGGACUCCAAUGGAAACAUUCUGCUGUGCAGUCAUGGCUUCACCUUUCUAAAAAGGUGAGUGAUACAUCACAGGAAAUACAAUAGUUUGUGUGUGUGUGUGCGCAUUUGGACGUGUUUAAUUAUACAAGAAUAGUAAACAAACAAAAAUUUGACCAACUGGGGACAUUUUAUUAGUCCCCACAAGGUCAAAUGCUAUUUCUAGAGGGUUUAGAGUUAAGGUUAGAAUUAGUGUUAGAAUUAGGUUUAGGGUUAGGAGCUAGGGUUAGGUUUAGGGUUAAGGUUUUCAGGUUAGGUUUAGGGUUAGGGGGUUAGGGAAAAUAGGAUUUUGAAUGGGAUUGAAUUGUGUGACCGCACAAAGUUAGUUAUACAAGACUGUGUGUGUGUGUGUUUGUUUGUUGUGAGUAUACUGUUUCUCAUUCUGUAACAGGAUGUCCUUGGGUCAACACUGUCACUGAGGGCACAUCUGCACAACCACUUUGCAAAUUAAUCUAAGUAGGGGAACAGGGCAAUGACACGCGCACACGCACACAUGCACACACAGCAAAUCGGCAUGUCUAGUCAGUGGGUCAUCAGGGUGAAACAGCUCAUGGGCACAGAAAACCAUGAGGUCAACGUGACUAUUUUCAUAUGUCUCAUUUAAAAUACCAAGUUUUCUGAAAGACCAAUAUACUAUACACAUCUUAUCAAACUGAAUUUCUUUAUUCUCCUCUGGUUGUUACAUUUCAUAGAAGAAGUAGAAUACACUACCUGUGUGUAGGCUAUAUAUUGCAGCUGUAUGAAGGAGUUGUUUUUAUCUUGUUGAGGGUACAGGAGAUGGACUGACUGAGAAACUAGGCUAUGAGAGGACAGGGGGAUGGGCUGUGGGUUGCCCUGCUCUACCAGAGAACAGAGGAUGUUGGAGACCAAGGGAGCCUGAUCCUGACCUUGGUCAGAUCCAACUGUGAGCAUCUGUCUCAGUAGGCCUACAUACUGCCAUUAUAUUCAGCUUACAACAUAAAACAGCCUCCAUGUUCAUGGUACUUUCAUGGAGGACUGAGAAAUGACUGCAAAAUAUCCCCUAAAACUUUAUUUUAUUUAUUUUUUUACCUUUAUUUAACCAGGUAAGCCAGUUGAGAACAAGUUCUCAUUUACAACUGCGACCUGGCCAAGAUAAAGCAAAGCAGUGCGAUAAAAACAACAACACAGAGUUACAUAUGGGGUAAACAAAACAUAAAGUCAAAAAUACAACAGAAAAUAUAUAUACAGUGUGUGCGAAUGUAGUAAGUUAUGGAGGUAAGGCAAUAAAUAGGCCAUAGUGCAAAAUAGUUACAAUUUCAUAUAAUACUGGAAUGAUAGAUGUGCAAAAGAUGAUGUGCAAAUAGAGAUACUGGGGUGCAAAUUAGCAAAAUAAAUAACAAUAUGGGGAUGAGGUAGUUGGGUGGGCUAAUUUCAGAAAGGCUGUGUACAGGUGCAGUGAUCGGUAAGCUGCUCUGACAACUGAUGCUUAAAGUUAGUGAGGGAGAUAAGAGUCUCCAGCUUCAGAGAUUUUUGCAGUUCGUUCCAGUCAUUGGCAGCAGAGAACUGGAAGGAAUGGCGGCCAAAGGAGGUGUUGGCUUUGGGGAUGACCAGUGAGAUAUACCUGCUGGAGCGCAGACUACGUGUGGGUGUUGCUAUGGUGACCAGUGAGCUAAGAUAAGACGGGGAUUUGCCUAGCAGUGAUUUAUAGAUGACCUGGAGCCAGUGGGUUUGGCGACUAAUAUGUAGUGAGGGCCAGCCAACAAGAGCGUACAGGUCACAAUGGUGGGUAGUAUAUGGGGCUUUGGUGACAAAACGGAUGGCAUGAUACAUGAUACACCACAAGGUGUGCAGGAAUGUUACAAGUUUUUUCUAAACAUGAAUUGGAUGCAGAUAUAGCAGCACUAUUUGGAAUUCUUUAUUCUUCCAUUGGCUUACAAUGGUGAUGUAACCAGCUCACAAAUAUUAAAAAGUAUAUUUAUAUCCAGCACCUGGUGCCUUGGGAUUUGCGAAUGAAUGUCUGUAUGUGUGUGUUUACAUGUGUGUUAUUGCAUGAUUAUGUGAGUUCCUUUUGACUUAGUCUUUGGGUUAUUGUGAGUUGUAUGUAGGACUAUGUGUAUCUUGUUUUUUUUAUCAUGAAAGACUAUAUUGAUUAUACUUUAGCUGGACAUGUACAUAGAGGGCCUGCCCAUCUUCCAUUCAUAAAUCAGGAUUUAGAUGCCUUUGGGAACCCCUACCAGCAGCUAAGCUAUCGAGAGGCUCCGGUUCCAGUUCAAAUCCACUCAAUCGUCAAUGCAUCCCUGCCUCAUACUCUUACAGUGAGGCAGACUGCAGCGUUGCUUCAAUGGAGAAAGCCAGUGGAUGUUUCUAUCUCCAGCUCUAGCUGAACGUCAUAGUCAAGAGACUCAAAAAAGAGAGGUCUUGUGACGUUGAUAGUGCUGGUGGGUUAUGUGCACUUUGGAUGUUAUCUUGUUAUCUGUUGGCUCAGUGGGUUCUCUCUGAAUGACUCAUCAUCCGGAAAUGCUCCAAUAGUAGCUGUUUGCUAUUAUUGGGGAGGUUGUCAGACCAGCUUACUUAAUGAGUUUCUACACAGAAUGCAUGUUUUUGUCAUGUUACACGUCUUUAUAUGCACCUGUGGAUACUGCUUAAUUUGCUGGUUGUAUACAUACUUUCCUUCUCUACAGGGACAAGAUCCAAGACUACUACCCCAACAACUUCAUUCAGAAAGGCAACACUGACCGCUUCUAUAUCCUCAAUACUCUCUUCAACCUUUCAGGUAGCAACAACAGUGUUAUUUUGUGUAGUUAUGUACAAUCAUACUGCAAAUAAAGUCAAGUAGAAUGACUUUGCAAUGCCCCCUCCUGCUCCUCCCACAGAGACGUAUCUGGAUGGUUGCCUUGUGGACCUCUUCACCAGAUGCAGCAGAUACGUAAAGUGAGUGGCCUCUAUUUUCCUCCCUCUUCUCGCUGCCCUCUCUCUUUCUCUACUGCUGUGAGAAUAGUAAAUCAUAAGAAAAUAAGUGAAUAAUGUGACUGUAGUUUCUCUACUCUUUUUUUAUUUUCUUUAAAUAGCUGCCAGAAAGGCUUCAAACAUGGUGACUUGUUCAUGUCAUUCAGAAGCAUGUUCCAGGAUGUUCGAGAUGCAAUGGACUAUGUUCAUGAUACGGUUAGAAUUACACAGUACAUACACCACCCCAUCCCUACACACAUACUCACACAUUAUGAAACAUUACUGUCUGUGUCUUUUUGUAAAGACUGACUCUCUCCAUUUUGUCAUAUAGGGCAGUCUGAAGGAAAGCACUCUGAGGAAUUUGGAUAAAUAUGUCGUCAGAGAUGUGAGUGAAAAUAACUUUGAACCUCCCUUAAUUGCUGUUUCAUAUUGGAUACCCUUUUUGGAUGCAGUAUAUUGACAAAGUGCUUUGGACAUAAUUUAUGAGAUGAUACCUCAAUUAAUUAGUGACACUCAACAAAGUCUCUGAGAUGAGUAAACUUUCUCUAUCCAGAGGAAUUGACCCUCUCCUUUACUCUUCUUCCCGAUAGCCAAACUUGCCUGUUCUCCUGACUCGCAUUAAGGAGGUGGCCAAAGUGUUCCUUGCCACCAACAGUGACUACAACUACACAGAGGUCAGUUGUUAAUGUUUCAUGGUACAUGAUGUCCAUUCUAUUCAAUAUAUGAUGUCUAUUCUAUUCAAUAUAUCAUGUCCAUUCUAUUCACUUUUAUACUAAGGAUGUGUCUUUGUUCUUUUCCCUAGGCUAUCAUGAAAUACUUGCUUGAAACUCCACCAGGUGCCAAGGUUAGUCUAGGUGUCUCCAGUUUCAAAUUAAGGAAAAGGGUUUUGGGGAACAAAUUACUAUUCAUUCUAAUGAACAUUUCAAAAAAAAAUUUCUUAAGUACCCAAAGAAACCGUGGCGCGCCUUCUUUGACCUUGUCGUCGUGGAUACCAGGAAGCCAGUGUUCUUUGCCGAGGGAACUGUGCUGAGACAAGUGGACACGGUAAGGCCCUUUCACUCAUCAUCACAUGGUGUAAAUAGAAAACAUCCUUUAACACACCACACAAUUAGAUUAAUGUUCUAAUCCAGAGCCAUAUAUUUAGAGUUAUGCCUUGUUCUAAUUCUAUAUAUUCAGUUACAUAGCAUUGUUUAAAUAUUCCCCAUCUAAUGUUAACAUGGCUGCCAUAGAAUGUUGAGUGUCAUGUAUAGUGACUUCAGAAAGUAUUCACACCCCUUGACUUUUUCCACAUUUUGUUGUGUUACGACGUGGGAUUAAAAUUGAUGUAAUUGUAAUUUUUGGUCAAUGAUUUACACAAAAUACUCUAAUGUCAAAGUGGAGAAAAAAUUCUAACAUUUGUUAAGAAUUCAUGAAAAAUAAAACACUAAUAUAUCUUGAUUAGAUAAGUAUUCAAACCCCUGAGUCAAUACAUUUUAGAAUCACCUUUGGCAGCGAUUACAGCUGUGAGUCUUUCUGGGUAAGUCUCUAAGAGCUUUGUACACCUGGAUUGUGCAACACUUGCCAUUUAUUCUUUUCAAAAUUCUUCAAGCUCUGUCAAAUUGGUUGUUGAUCAUUGCUAGGCAACCAUUUAUAGGUCUUGCCAUAGAUUUUCAAGCAGAUUUAAGUCAAAACUGUAACUUGGCCAGUCAGGAACAUUCACUGUCUUCUUGGUAAGCAACUCCAGUAUAAAUUUGGCCUUGUGUUUUAGGUUAUUGUCCUGUGUCUGGUGGAAAGCAGAUUGAACCAGGUUUUCCUAGAGGAUUUUGCCUGUGCUUAGCUCCAUUCUGUUUAUUUUUUAUCCUGAAAAACUCCCCAGUCCUUAACGAUUACAAACAUAUGCAUAACAUGAUGCAGCCACCACUAUGCUUGAAAAUAUGGAGUGUGGUACUCAGUAAUGUGUUGCAUUGGAUUUGCCCCAAACAUAACACUUUGUAAUCAGGACAUGUUUUGCAGUAUUGCUUUAGUGCCUUGUUCCCCAAUAGGAUGCAUGUUUUGGAAUAUUUUUUAUUCUGUACAGGCUUCCUUCUUUUCACUCUGUAAAUUAGAUUAGUAUUGUGGAGUUACUACAAUGUUGUUGAUCCAGCCCCAUUUUUUUUCCUAUCACAGCCAUUACAUUCUGUAACUGUUUUAAAGUCACCAUUGGUCUCAUCGUGAAAUCUCUGAGUGGUUUCCUUCCUCUCUGGCCACUGAGUUAGGAAGGACGCAUGUAUCUUUGUGGUGACUGGGUGUAUACGCCAUCCAAAGUGUAAUUAAUAACUUCACCAUGCUCAAAGGGAUAUUCAAUGAACUCUUUUUUUAUAUUUACCCAUCUACCAAUUUUUACCCAUCUACCAAUUGGAAAACCUCCCUUGUCUUUGUGGUUGAAUCUGUGUUUGAAAUUCACUGCUCGUCUGAGAGACCUUACAGAUAAUUGUAUGUGUGGGGUACAGAGAUGAGGUAGUCAUUGAAAAUCAUGUUAAACACUAUUAUUGCACACAGAGUCCAUGUAACUUAUUAUGUGACUUAUUAAGCAAAGUUUUACUCCUGAACGUAUUUAGGCUUGCCAUAACAAAGGGGUUGAAUACGUAUUGACUCAAGACAUUUCAGCUUUAAGUUUUUUAUUAAUUUGUAAAACGUUCUAAAUACAUAAUUCCACUUUGACAUUAUGGGGUAUUGUGUGUAGUGGAAAGAAAUCAAUUUUGAAUUCAGGCUGUAACACAACAAAAUAUGGAAAGGUCAAGGGUGUGUAUACUUUCUGAAGGCACUGUAAAUGCAUCAUAAUGCAGAAACCACAUUGGCCCAACUCUCUAUAUACAUGGCUCUGUUCAUAUCUACCCAACAUAGAACACAGGGAAGCUUCGUAUCGGAACAUACACUGGAGACCUCCAGCAUGGAACUGUCUACUCUGGAGGUAAGAAUUAAAAUGUUAAUCCCAGCUAGCACAUAACAAUAUGUUUCUUAGAGCUUGGUGAGAGCAUGGUUGUCCUAUGGUUAUUUUCCAUACAACCUUCCCACAACUUUCUGGGAAUGGUGCAGGAUAGUUGAUUGUCUUUGGAACAUUCUCAGCACAUUUCUUGACAAAAAAACAUUAUAUUCUUGGUAUUUCAUUACUUUAACAGAACGUUUCCUAAAAGUUAAAACAUGGUUACAUUUAAUAAUAAUGUACAGAGAACGUUCUAAGAAUUUAUUUAAAAUCAUAUACAGUGAGGGAAAAAAGUAUUUGAUCCCCUGCUGAUUUUGUACGUUUGCCCACUGACAAAGACAUGAUCGGUCUAUAAUUUUAAUGGUAGGUUUAUUUGAACAGUGAGAGACAGAAUAACAACAAAAAAAUCCAGAAAAACGCAUGUCAAAAAUGUUAGAAAUUGAUUUGCAUUUUAAUGAGGGAAAUAAGUAUUUGACCCCUCUGCAAAACAUGACUUAGUAGUUGGUGGCAAAACCCUUGUUGGCAAUCACAGAGGUCAGAAGUUUCUUGUAGUUGGCCACCAGGUUUGCACACAUCUCAGGAGGGAUUUUGUCCCACUCCUCUUUGCAGAUCUUCUCCAAGUCAUUAAGGUUUCGAGGCUGACGUUUGGCAACUCGAACCUUCAGCUCCCUCCACAGAUUUUCUAUGGGAUUAAGGUCUGGAGACUGGCUAGGCCACUCCAGGACCUUAAUGUGCUUCUUCUUGAGCCACUCCUUUGUUGCCUUGGCCGUGUGUUUUGGGUCAUUGUCAUGCUGGAAUACCCAUCCACGACCCAUUUUCAACGCCCUGGCUGAGGGAAGGAGGUUCUCACCCAAGAUUUGACGGUACAUGGCCCCGUCCAUCGUCCCUUUGAUGCGGUGAAGUUGUCCUGUCCCCUUAGCAGAAAAACACCCCCAAAGCAUAAUGUUUCCACCUCCAUGUUUGACGGUGGGGAUGGUGUUCUUGGGGUCAUAGGCAGCAUUACUCCUCCUCCAAACACGGCGAGUUGAGUUGAUGCCAAAGAGCUCGAUUUUGGUCUCAUCUGACCACAACACUUUCACCCAGUUCUCCUCUGAAUCAUUCAGAUGUUCAUUGGCAGACUUUAGACUUCAGACGGGCCUGUAUAUGUGCUUUCUUGAGCAGGAGGACCUUGCGGGCGCUGCAGGAUUUCAGUCCUUCACGGCGUAGUGUGUUACCAAUUGUUUUCUUGGUGACUAUGGUCCCAGCUGCCUUGAGAUCAUUGACAAGAUCCUCUGUGUAGUUCUGGGCUGAUUCCUCACCGUUCUCAUGAUCAUUGCAACUCCACGAGGUGAGAUCUUGCAUGGAGCCCCAGGCCGAGGGAGAUUGACAGUUCUUUUGUGUUUCUUCCAUUUGUGAAUAAUCGCACCAACUGUUGUCACUUUCUCACCAAGCUGCUUGGUGAUGGUCUUGUAGCCCAUUCCAGCCUUGUGUAGGUCUACAAUCUUGACCCUGACCUCCUUGGAGAGCUCUUUGGUCUUGGCCAUGGUGGAGAGUUUGGAAUCUGAUUGAUUGAUUGCUUCUGUGGACAGGUGUCUUUUAUACAGGUAACAAGCUGAGAUUAGAAGAACUCCCUUUAAGAGUGUGCUCCUAAUCUCAGCUCGUUACCUGUAUAAAAGACACCUGGGAGCCAGAAAUCUUUCUGAUUCAGAAGGGGUCAAAUACUUAUUUCCCUCAUUAAAAUGCAAAUCAAUUUCUAACAUUUUUGACAUGCGUUUUUCUGGAUUUUUUUGUUGUUAUUCUGUCUCUCACUUUUCAAAUAAACCUACCAUUAAAAUUAUAGACUGAUCAUUUCUUUGUCAGUGGGCAAACGUACAAAAUCAGCAGGGGAUCAAAUACUUUUUUCCCUCAAUGUACAUUCCGUUUUCAGCAUCAACAAAACUCUAUCUUAAGUGUGCUCAAGUGUGAAGGCCGCGCCCACUAAUUGGCUUGAAGAGUGUUUUUUUCUUUUUAAAUGGGGUCUGUUUGAAUAGACUAAAAUGAACAGCUUUGUAUGAGUAAAAAAAAAACAUGGAAUGCUAGUUCAAUCCUGGUGGCACAGUGGACUAAUUCCAUGGAUAGAGAACAGAAGAUCAUAGGUUCGAAUCUCACUGACACUGUGCCACAAUAAAAAAGAAAUGUGUUUGCAUGAUUAAUGCCUAAGUAAAUUAAUUUCCAUGUGUCUAUCUGUGCUUGGCGUUGAAAACAGUUAACCUAAGCUAGCAGUGUUAUUAAAAGUCUUAUUUAAUUAUCUUCAAAUAGCCUAUAAUUUCCGUUUUCAGAACGUUAAUAAAACCUCCCAGGAAAACUUUCAGGGAACCAUAGUAAAAUGUUCUCAGAACCUCCCUGCAACAUACAAAUGUAUGUUCCCAGAACAGGUGAAGUUUUCACUUCCGUUCUCAGAACAUUUAAAAAACGUUCAGUUUUACCGGUUAGGAAACCAAUAAGAAACCAAAAACGUACAUUCCCCCAACUUCCAAGCAACCAAAUGUUCUAGCUGGGAUAUUAUCAUCAAAAAAGGUAACAUAUUCUAGGAAGAGGGACAGAGAGGAAAUGGGAAGAUAGGAGAAAGGGAUUAAGAUCGUAUUAAAUUGAGAGAGGAAUAGUGAGUUUCACCAAUCUUGGUUUCAGUGGGAGCCAAUCAGUGGGUGUCACAUCUCCUCAACUUUCCAUCCUCUUUUAUCUGUCUAUCCUCCCUGCAGGCUCCUCAGACAUUGUAUGUGACCUGCUGGACGUGAAGGGGAAGGACAUUCUCUAUGUAGGGGACCACAUCUUUGGGGACAUCCUGAAGUCUAAGAAGAGGCAAGGUUGGAAGACCUUCCUAGUGGUGCCUGAGCUGGCCAAGGAGCUGCAGGUGUGGACAGAGAAGAACCGUAAGUACAAACAUGGUCAACCUCCUCUUCAUGACCUCACAGUGACCCUAAAACUGACCUAUCAUAUACCACACACAUACAUCACAUGGUCACUUGACAUACCUUAGGUAAUGUAAUCUUGGACACCAUUUUGAUGAGUGUCUCUUUUUCCUCAAGAUCUCUUUGAAGAGCUGAAGCAUCUUGAUAUAUUUUUAGCUGAGUUGUACAAGUGAGUGGGCAUUUCCUUUGUUCUAUUAGUGACACUCGCCUGUUAUUGCACUUGACAGAGCUGUGCAUGAUGUUGUCAAUCUGACUGGCCUCUCUCCUUAGGCACAUGGACAGUAGCUGUAGAGAGUGCCCAAACAUAACUGCCAUUCAGACCAGGAUGAAGGUAAACCAUGCCCACUGACACAUACAGUGCCUUGCAAAAGUAUUCAUCCCCCUUGGCGUUUUUCCUAUUUUGUUGCAUAACAAACUGUAAUUUAAAUCGAUUUUUAUUUGGAUUUCAUGUAAUGGACAUACACAAAAUAGUCCAAAUUGGUGAAGUGAAAUGAAAAAAAUAAUUUGUUUCAAAAAAUUAUAAAAAAGAAAUAACGGAAAAGUGGUGCGUGCAUAUGUAUUCACCCCCUUUGCUAUAAAGCCCCUAAAUAAGAUCUGGUGCAACCAAUUACCUUCAGAAGUCACAUAAUUAGUUAAAUAAAGUCCACCUGUGUAAUCUAAGUGUCACAUGAUCUGUCACAUGAUCUCAGUAUUCAGUGAGGGAAAAAAGUAUUUGAUCCCCUGCUGAUUUUGUACGUUUGCCCACUGUCAAAGACAUGAUCAGUCUAUAAUUUUAAUGGUAGGUUUAUUUGAACAGUGAGAGACAGAAUAGCAAUAAAAAAAUCCAGAAAAACGCAUGUCAAAAAUGUUAGAAAUUGAUUUGCAUUUUAAUGAGGGAAAUAAGUAUUUGACCCCUCUGCAAAACAUGACUUAGUACUUGGUGGCAAAACCCUUGUUGGCAAUCACAGAGGUCAGACAUUUCUUGUAGUUGGCCACCAGGUUUGCACACAUCUCAGGAGGGAUUUUGUUCAACUCCUCUUUGCAGAUCUUCUCCAAGUCAUUAAGGUUUCGAGGCUGACGUUUGGCAACUCGAACCUUCAGCUCCCUCCACAGAUUUUCUAUGGGAUUAAGGUCUGGAGACUGGCUAGGCCACUCCAGGACCUUAAUGUGCUUCUUCUUGAGACACUCCUUUGUUGCCUUGGCUGUGUGUUUUGGGUCAUUGUCAUGCUGGAAUACCCAUCCACGACCCAUUUUCAAUGCCCUGGCUGAGGGAAGGAGGUUCUCACCCAAGAUUUGAUGGUACAUGGCCCCGUCUAUCGUCCCUUUGAUGCGGUGAAGUUGUCCUGUCCCCUUAGCAGAAAAACACCCUAAAGCAUAAUGUUUCCACCUCCAUGUUUGACGGUGGGGGUGGUGUUCUUGGGGUCAUAGGCAGCAUUACUCCUCCUCCAAACACGGCGAGUUGAGUUGAUGCCAAAGAGCUUGAUUUUGGUCUCAUCUGACCACAACACUUUCACCCAGUUCUCCUUUGAAUCAUUCAGAUGUUCAUUGGCAAACUUCAGACGGCCCUGUAUAUGUGCUUUCUUGAGCAGGGGGACCUUGCGGGCGCUGCAGGAUUUCAGUCCUUCACGGCGUAGUGUGUUACCAAUUGUUUUCUUGGUGACUAUGGCCCCAGCUGCCUUGAGAUCAUUGACAAGAUCCUCCCAUGUAGUUCUGGGCGGAUUCCUCACCGUUCUCAUGAUCAUUGCAACUCCACGAGGUGAGAUAUUGCAUGGAGCCCCAGGCCAAGGGAGAUUGACAGUUAUUUUGUGUUUCUUCCAUUUGCGAAUAAUCGCACCAACUGUUGUCACCUUCUCACCAAACUGCUUGGCGAUGGUCUUGUAGACCAUUCCAGCCUUGUGUAGGUCUACAAUGUUGUCCCGGACAUCCUUGGAGAGCUCUUUGGUCUUGGCCAUGGUGGAGAGUUUGGAAUCUGAUUGAUUGAUUGCUUCUGUGGACAGGUGUCUUUUAUACAGGUAACAAGCUGAGAUUAGGAGCACUCCCUUUAAGAGUGUGCUCCUAAUCUCAGCUCGUUACCUGUAUAAAAGACACCUGGGAGCCAGAAAUCUUUCUGAUUGAGAGGGGGUCAAAUACUUAUUUCCCUCAUUAAAAUGCAAAUCAAUUUCUAACAUUUUUUACAUGCGUUUUUCUGGAUUUUGUUGUUGUUAUUCUGUCUCUCACUGUUCAAAUAAACUACCAUUAAAAUUAUAGACUGAUAAUUUCUUUGUCAGUGGGCAAACGUACAAAAUCAGCAGGGGAUCAAAUACUUUUUUCCCUCACUGUAUAUACACCUGUUCUGAAAGGCCCCAGAGUCUGCAACACCACUAAGCAUGGGGCACCACCAAGUGAGCGGCACCAUGAAGACCAAGGAGCUCUCCAAACAGGUCAGGGAUAAAGUUGUGGAGAAGUACAGAUCAGGGUUGGGUUAUAAAAAAAUAUAUCAGAAACUUUGAACAUCCCACGGAGCACCAUUAAAUCCAUUGUUAAAAAAUGGAAAGAAUAUGGCACCACAACAAACCUGCCAAGAGAGGGCCGCCCACCAAAACUCAUGGACCAGGCAAGGAGGGCAUUAAUAAGAGAGGCAACAAAGAGACCAAAGAUAACCCUGAAGGAGCUGCAAAGCUCCACAGCGGAGAUUGGAGUAUCUGUCCAUAGGACCCCUUUAAGCCGUACACUCCACAGAGCUGGGCUUUACGGAAGAGUGGCCAGAAAAAAGCCAUUGCUUAAAGAAAUAAGCAAACACGUUUGGUGUUCGCCAAAAGCCAUGUGGGAGACUCCCCAAACAGAAGGUACUCUGGUCAGAUGAGACUAAAAUUGAGCUUUUUGGCCAUCAAGGAAAACGCAAUGUCUGGCGCAAACCAAACACCUCUCAUCACCCCGAGAACACUAUCCCAACAGUGAAGCAUGGUGGUGGCAGCAUCAUGCUGUGGGGAUGUUUUUCAUCGACAGGGACUGGGAAACUGGUCAGAAUUGAAGGAAUGAUGGAUGGCGCUAAAUACAGGGAAAUUCUUGAGGGAAACCUGUUUCAGUCUUCCAGAGAUUUGAGAAUGGGACGGAGGUUCACCUUCCAGCAGGACAAUGACCCUAAGAAUACUGCUAAAGCAACACUCGAGUGGUUUAAGCCCAGACCUCAAUCCAAUUGAAAAUCAGUGGUAUGACUUAAAGAUUGCUGUACACCAGCGGAACCCAUACAACUUGGAGGAGCUGGAGCAGUUUUGCCUUCAACAAUGGGCAACAUUCCCAGUGGCUAGAUGUGCCAAGCUUACAGAGACAUACCCCAAGAGACUUGCAGCUGUAAUUGCUGCAAAAGGUGGCUCUACAAAGUAUUGACUUUGGGGGGGUGAAUAGAUAUGCACGCUGAAGUCUUCUGUUUUUUUGUCUUAUUUCUUGUUUGUUUCACAAUAAAAAAUAUUUUGCAUCUUCAAAGUGGUAGGCAUGUUGUGUAAAUCAAAUGAUACAAACCCCCCCAAAAUGCAUUUUAAUUCCAGGUUGUAAGGCAACAAAAUAGGAAAAAUGCCAAGGGGGGUGAAUACUUUCGCAAGCCACUGUAAUCCCUCUCUGAGAAAUGCUCUAACACAGUGGUUCCCAACUCCAGUUCUCUAGUACCCCCAAUAGCCUCGGACAAAAAAACCUGAUUCAACUCAUUUAGUUGAUUAGUUGACAAGUUGGAUCAUGUGUGCUUGUUCAGGGUUACAGUAAAAAUGUGUACUGUUGGGGGUACUGGAGGACCAGGGUUGGGAAACACUGCUCUUACACAUCCACACAUCAUCCACCGAUGUUGUGUUUUUAUGUGUUUCCCAGGCAUAAUGUUAUCAUAACUACACCUGAGUGAGGUCAUUUUCAGUCUAGCUUUAUGAUGCUGCUAAAUGCAUUUUGUGACUAUCCCACAUGAAAAAAUACUAUAGUAUACUAUAGUAUAAAUACCAUAGUAUUUGCUGUAGUGUUUUUGCGGACCUUACUGUAGUAUUCACUAAAGUCAGCAAAAAUACUACAGUGAAUAUAAUAUAAAUACUGUAGUAAAAUAACUGUAGUAUAUGCUAUAGUAAUAGUAAUUAAUGUAGUGUUUUUGCAGAUUGUAGUAUACUGUAGUAUUUACUGUAGUGUUUUUGCAGACUGCACUAUACUAAUAGUAUUUACUGUAGUGUUUUUGCAGACUGCACUAUACUAAUAGUAUUUACUGUAGUGUUUUUGCAGACAUUACUGUAGUAUUUACUAUAGUUUUUUUGUUUUAUUAUCUUGAACAUAGAAGUGGAGGCUUUCUCCUUGAGGAAACCUACUAGAGAAAUACUAAAGAGCAAGUUUUCCAUAACCUGUAGGUAGGUAGGACUGGGGACUGAACAGAUAGUUCUGAGCUUCUGCUCUUUUCUAUAACCUCUAUGGAACACAAUGUACAGUGCCUUUGGAAAGUAUUCAGACCCCUUGACUUUUUCCAAAAAAAAUUACGUUACAGCCUUAUUCUAAAAUGGAUGAAAUAAAAUAAAAUCCUCAGUAAUCUACACACAAUACCCAAUAAUGAUAAAGCGAAAACAGGUUUUUAGAAAUGUUUACAAAUGUAUUAAAAAUUAAAAACAGAAAUACCUUAUUUACAUACGUAUUCAGACCCUUUGUUAUGAGACUCGAAAUUGAGCUCAUGUGCAUCCUGUUUCCAUUCAACAUCCUUGAGAUGUUUCUACAACUUGAUUGUAGUCCACUUGUGGUAAAUUCAAUUGAUUGGACAUGAUUUGGAAAGGCACACACCUGUCUAUAUAAGGUCCCACAGUUGACAGUGCAUGUCAGAGCAAAAACCAAGUCAUGAGGUCGAAGGAAUUGUCCGUAGAGCUCCGAGACAGGAUUGUGUCGAAGAAGCAGAUCUGGGGAAGGGUACCAAAACAGUUCUGCAGCAUUGAAGGUCCCCAAGAACACAGUGGCCUCCAUCAUUCUUAAAUGGAAGAAGUUUGGAACCACCAAGACUCUUCCUAGAGCUGGCCACCCGGCCAAACUGAGCAAUCGGGGGAGAAGGGCCUUGAUCAGGAAGGUGACCAAGAACCCGAUGGUCACUCUGAAAGAGCUCUAGAGUUCCUCUGUGGAGAUGGGAUAACCUUCCAGAAGGACAACCAUCUCUGCAGCACUCUGCCAAUCAGGCCUUUAUGGUAGAGUGGCCAGACAGAAGCCACUCCUCAGUAAAAGGCACAUGACAGCCCGCUUGGAGUUUGCCAAAAGGCACCUAAAGAUUCUCAGACCAUGAGAAACAAGAUUCUCUGGUCUGAUGAAACCAAGAUUGAACUCUUUGGCUUGAAUGCCAAGCGUCACGUCUGGAGGAAACCUGGCACCAUCCCUACGGUGAAGCAUGGUGGUGGCAGAAUCAUGCUGUGGGGAUGUUUUUCAGCGGCAGGGACUGGGAGACUAGUCAGGUUCGAGGCAAAUAUGAACGGAGCAAAGUACAGCGAGAUCCUUGAUGAAAGCCUGCUCCAGAGCUCUCAGGACCUCAGACUGGGGUAAAGGUUCACCUUCCAACAGGACAAUGACUCUAAGCACACAGCUAAGACAACACAGGAGUGGCUUCGGGACAAGUCUCUGAAUGUCCUUGAGUGGCCCAGCCAGAGCCCGGACUUAAACCUGAUCGAACAUCUCUGGAGAGGCCUGAAAAUAGCUGUGCAGCCACGCUCCCCAUCCAACCUGACAGAGCUUGAGAGGAUCUGCAGAGAAGAAUGGGAGAAACUCCCCAAAUACAGGUGUGCCAAGCUUUUAGCGUCAUACCCAAGAAGACUUGAGGCUGUAAUCGCUGCCAAAGGUGCUUCAACAAAGUACUGAGUAAAGGGUCUGAAUACUUAUGUAAAUGCAAUAUUUAUGUUCUUUAUUUUUUAUAAAUUAGCAAAGAUUUCAAAAAAACUAUUUUUGCUUUGUCAUUAUGGGGUAUUGUGUGUAGAUUUUAGAAUAAGGCUGUAACGUAACAAAAUGUGAAAAAAGUCAAGGGGUCUGAGUACUUUCUGAAGGCACUGUAUGGUAUAUAGUUAGCAUGUAGGUUUCUCACUUAUGGGUGGCACAAAUUGGGACACGGGGGAGGGGAAUGGGUAUAUGCAAAUUAAAUACUGUAUUAUUCACUGUAGUUAAAAAAGUAUAGUGUUUUUGUGGACUGUAGUGGUUUUGCUGACAUUACUGUAGUAUUUACUAGUGUUUGUUUUGCACAUAAUACUGUCGUAUUUACUAUAGUAUUCUACAGUAUAUUACAACCUUCUAUAGUUAGUACUACACCUGAUUGAGGGAUACUACAGUGUGUAGUAUAGUAUUCUACCGUAUACUAUAGUUUACUACAGAAUUAUAUAGGAAGUACUGUAGUAUUCUAUAGUAAACUGUAGUAUUUUUUCAUGUGGGGUACGUCGCCUUGUGUCUUAUAGGUGGUGACCUUUAGGAUGGAUCUGUCCUAUGGGCAGAUGGGCAGCCUGCUGCGGAGUGGCUCCAGACAGACUCUGUUUGCCAGCCAGCUCAUGCGUUACGCUGACCUGUACUCUUCCACCUGCAUCAACCUGCUCCACUACCCCUUCAGUUACCUUUUCAGAGCCCCACCUGUCCUGGUGAGUCCCACCUCAGAUAUCCCUUUGAUAAUAACAGGGACAUGCAUCUCCUCUUGCAUAAAAUCUCUUGCUGAAAUUACCAUGAAAAAACAUGGAUUUUUCUUCCUGAUGUUGUCAAGAUGCCCCAUGAGUCCUCGGUGGAUAAUCACCCCCUUGACUUCCCUUCACCUGAGUUCUCUGCUCUGGAUCAUGUCCAGAAGAUAGCUGAAGCCAAGGUUUGACACUCAUACCUACACUUGCAGCUAUCUGUUAUUUACAAAUGUUGCAUUUUCCGAUGAAAUAAACACUGGAUUUAUCUGUUAAAAUAGACAGUCUUGCUUUAAGUCCUGAAAAAGUAUAUCUUUGUUGUCAAUCUUCCAUAGUCCAUAUUGAUUUUAAAAUAUAACCUUUAUUUUCUUACAGAGGGCAAAUGAAGGUAACACAGCGGAACUGAAAGACACAUGAGGAUGUAUUUGACAAAACAAUUAUUCAGUUUUGACAUGACUAUUCCUCCAGAUCUAAAAAAUAAAUAAAAACGGUGGCUGUGUGUUUUUUGGUAAGGUAAUUUUCUUUCU